UUUUUUUCAUGCAGGUCAAGUUUAAUAUUUACCUGCAACCCACACAGUUGAAGUGUAUUGUUGUGCCUGCAGAAAAUGUAAGUAUGUAUGUAAUAGGCAAAUCGAGGCAUCUCCGAUCCCAUAAAAUAUAUAUGUAUACCUCUGAUUGAGCACCUAGAUCUGAGAGACUAUUAGAGAUAAAUAUAUAUAUUUCGUUAGCAGUACUUACAAAUGUUUGCACACUGAUCAAGUUUGUUUACAAUUUUUAAAAUGCCCUCCGCCACAAAUCGAUAAAAAUCAAAUAACAAGCCUAAUUUUAAAGAUAGAUAAUUUUGGUGUAUACAAUAAUAUAGUUUUUUGAGUCCUGAGAAUUUAAUUGCAAUCAGAUAAAAAUUGUGGAAUGUAUUAAAGAAAUACUUUUGUAUUGGCAAAAACGCCUACUUCUAGGGGUCUUAUCAAGAAUAUAUAUACUUUAUAGGGUCGGAGAUGCCUCCUUCUUCUACCUGUUACAUACAUUUACUGCCGGCACAAAGUUAUAAUACCCUUCUAGCGGGUAGCGGGUAUAAAAAGGGUUUCCUAUGUUAUAUCCGUUAGAUAAGGGAGCAGAGCUAUUAAAAUUGAGUAAUAUUUUUAAUUUAAUAUUUUUAUUCAUUUUGGGAUAAUGCUUCAUUUGGAUGUGAACAUCUUUUUCCUACUUUUGCCAAAACUUUAAAAUUGUAUUUGAAAUUAGUAGGUAUGCUCUGAAUUAGGUGUAACUACAUGUAAAUAAUUCUUUACGCAAUUUUUAUCUUUAAUUGGUUCAUUUGACAUUGCUCAGGCUUGGCGAAGCAGUUCAUUUAUUUUAGUAAAAAUGCAUUGAGCUAUAGGAAAAAUUUCAUCUAGUAAAGCUUAAAAGUUGUGAACAAAUUGUGACCUAUCCUUCUAGACCUUUUAAUUUUAAAAUAAGAGCAAUUUUCGGUUUUCACCAUUAUGAAUAUUAAUUGAAGUCAUGGUUUAGUUAAUAGGUUGCUGUCUGAAGUUUAGAUAUAUUCUAAUUGACCUUGUUAUGCGCAAAAGUUUAUUUCUACACGUCGAAUUCUCCAGCUUUUUUGAGCAGUCUACAAGUAAAUUAUAUAUACUAAUUUGUGAAUGUUUACGAAUGGAUUCCCUUGCAAGGCUGUCAAUAUACUAAUUAUGCAACAUAAAAUAGACAGUUCUCAUUGUAACUGUCAAUAGCAACUCUUGUGCAUUUAUAAACAAAGUCUGAAACACGCAGGACAGUUCAUCGUGUUAUAUUUAGGUUUUCUGGCAAUGAAUAAAACGUGUUUGGCCUCAUUUCAGAUUUGAGUUGAACAACCGGUGUAGAGUUUUGUGGCUGGCAAUAAGACAUAACCCAAUAUUGUUCAUACUUUCAAUACAUUGGUGGCGACAAACGUCGUUUUAAGCUAUCGAUCAAACAGUCGAACCGCGAAAUUGUUGCCCAGCGGUGCCCCAGGCAAUGAUUCCGUUUAUGUGUGGCACUGCGACCCCUCUUGGUUGUACCACUGUCAAUGCAAAUCGUUUACAACAAAACUGUAAACAUUAUCCUAUGGAAUUUCUGGCAGGGCACGUCGUGGCACCAAACACAUUAAAAGCACACUAAGCUACAAAUGUACAAACAUAUAUAUAUAUACACUUACAUAGGGCCUUAAACCAGCCACUCCCCUUGGUUGUUAGCCGCUAUAUGUCGAGAAUUUUUGUUGAAAACCCGAGUCUAUAAAAGCUUUGACUUCUGAACGCGGCCGUUUUAGUUAAACUUCAACGCGUUUCAACGUCUUGUCUUCCAGUCGCUUCGCCGUUUUGUGGCGCUUUCCUCCUGUCGCGGCCGCGUCCUAACCGCAUCCUGUGGCUUACUCAAAGAAACAAUUAAAGCAUAAUCGCAAAGCGGAAGGAAGUGCAUUCCGCAAGUACUUUCCUUCAUUUGACGUUGCAUGCAAGUCAAGCAGUGAAACAGUCAAAUUUGCAAAAGAAAAACGCAGUAAAGUUUUGAAGACUGCAUUUGUUUCUGCCUUUUUUCCUUUUUGAGACCUAGUUGUUUUGUUUGUAUUUCUAUGUUGGCCCCGUUGCCACUUGUAAAAUGAAAACUGAAAAUUUGUUCAAGUACGGCGCCCCUUUGUACAACUUGAAAAGUACUCGCGCUCAUUCACAGUCCAAACCGCAGAGUGUUGGCAACGCUAAUUUGACAUCGCUACUGACAACUGGCAAUUUGCAAACUCUGACGCAAAACCGCGGAUCAGGGUACUCCGAUAGGGAGAGUAUCUGCAGCGUCAGCAGUGCAGCUGGCCGAGUUAAACGUCGGUCCAGGAACUUCUCGAUGAAGUCCUCGAAGGGCAUUAGUAAGAAGUCCAAGACCAUGGAUUAUACCAAUUAUGCGUAUAAUGAGGCUGUGGGUCGCCUGAAGGUAAUGCUGGCGGAUAACUCGUAUGUAGCUACGCCCAAAGUUGUUGGCAGUGCCUCCUACCUGCGCAAUUUCAAUGAGGAUUCAGGCGAUAACUUCUCGGAUAAUUUAUCGGUUAUUGAACGUCCCGUCUUCUCGGACAUUUCGAAGUAUCUGUCACCCAGCCAGAAGUCGCGGAUGAGCACUUAUCGUCCGAAGAAGAGCUACACUGCGGGCUAUCUCUCCGCUUCGAAGGAGAACCUAGCUAGUGCUCCCUCUACCUUUCCAAGCAACGUGCCAGUGACCACAAUGCCCACCGACAGCGUUCAAGCUCCAGUCGAAAUCUUUAAUUUUAUUGAGAAACAAGAGGAUUACAUAGAGCAAUUGGAGAAGGAGUCCAAGUACUGUCGCAACGAGUUGACCAAUUUACUCGGUAAGGUCAAGGAUGUCAUUAAUGAGAAUGAAAACUUAACAGAAAAUGCGCGUAGCGAGUUAGCGGCUCUUGGCAGUGGCACAGCAAAACCAUUAGCUCAACAAGUACCGAUUACCACUACCAGUCCGUCUUCGGAUAGCGAUGAGCACUUGAUUUAUGCCGGUCGCAAGACUCCCAGCACCCCGCGAAAGGCUACUUUGAAAGUACAACCUCCACGUUACGCCAGUGCUCCCAACAUUGUCUAUGAAGCUCGCAUUAGUGAAUUGGAAGCCGAAUUAAUGCAGGCUAACAUAGAUUUGAAGCGCGUUAAAACCGAAAAUGAUGAGCUUAAAAGAAAGAUAGCUCACACGGAUCCGCUCAGCGCUGUUGCCACAUUGGGAAGUGUCAACUGUGACACUCAUCGAAAGCAGCUGGAGUUACUGCAACAGGACAAAUCGACUCUUGAGGAGUCUGUGCGUCAGCUGCAAAGGAUGCUCGACGAUGCUAAAUCGCAGCAUCACAACAGUGCCAGCUCCAAGCGCUACAUAAGCGAUCUCGUGCAAAUGGAACGCUCUCAAGCGGAGUUGGAGGUUAGACAUCUUCGGGAUGAACUGGAUAGACAGCACGAGCGUGUGCGGGAGCUGCAACACGAGAUGGCCCGGCGAUUGGCGGAUGAACGAGCAAGCGCUGAGCGACGGUACAAUAGCCAAGUGGAUCAGCUGGGCGGGGAUCUGAGCAGCCAGUGGGAGCAGGUGGCAAAGCUGCAGAUGGAUCUGGAGCGUCAGAAACGCUACGAAACCGAUCUAAAGCGCGAUGUGGCCAAUCGUAAUUCUCAGAUCGAGGAGCUGAACCUGGAGUUGCGCGGCAACCGGACCACAUUCCUGGCAGACAUGGCACAGGUCAAUGCAGAGAAGCAAUCGCUAGAACAGGAGAUUACUUCGUUGCGUCUGCAGUUGGAUCGAGCAGCACGUGAGACCAAAACGGAGGCAGCUCGUCUCAAUGCGGAGAUUAAUUCCUUGCGCCAGCGUUUGGAUCGCGGCGAUGCUGAUCUAUUGCAUUCGAAGCGAGAGGUUUUGCGCUUGAACGAUGAAAUUGCAAAUUUGGAGAAGGAGCUCGCUUAUGGAGAGCUAAAGAAUGAAAUACGACCCACCAAAAAGGACUUGGACAAGAGAAUUUCCGAAAUGCAGGAUAAGCAUGCGGAAACGGUGAAUGAACUCGAAGAAAUGAUAACAUCUCAGAAGCAACUCAUGGAUAAACUGACGAAUGAAUGCAAAACGUUAACUGGCAAAUUAGAGGAUACAACAUAUAAGCACAAAGAGGAAAUAUCUGCUUUACAAUCGAAUCUAGAGUAUUUAUCUAACCGAAUGUUGACCAAUGAAGAACAUAUGAGUAAAUUAGAUACCACACCACAUGAUUAUACUAGCUUAGGCACAGGCAAAGCCGCAUACGAUUACCAGCCGUCCACAUAUGGCACAACAAUUGAACCCAUACAAAGCACCCCACAACUACACAACAACGCUGACGACGACUACAAGCCCAGCAGCUCCUACGGUUACGAAGCCACAACGCCGUCAUCGGAACCAACUGCUCCAGUACCAGCAGCACCAGCAGCAUCAGCAUCAGAUAUCCUCGGAGUCGCCAGCAAUACCAACGGCAACUCAGCUGGUGGAUCAACUGCAGCAACGCGCAAGAGCAGCAUCAGCAAUGGUAACGCCAAUCUCUUGCCCGACAGCAGCCACAGUUAUGGACUCAACGAUAACGAUGACGAAAAUCUCAAAGACAACCUUGGCAUGGGGGAAAAGCAGCAGCAACAGCAGCAGCUGCAACAGGAGCUGGAGCAGCAACGUGAACGACAACGCGAACGUGAACGUGAGGAACGAGAUCGAGAGCUACAACAAUUGCGUGAGCAGCGAGAGAAACGUGAACGGGAGCGUGAGCGUGAGCAAACAGAGCAGCAGCAGCAGCAAGCUCAGCACAACCGACGCUACAGCAAUGCCGCUGAGCAGCAACCCAUGCAGCAACCCCAAAAACAACAACAACAACCACAACAACAACCACAACAACAACAGCAGCAGCAACUUAGCGAUGCCAGCGUCUCCAAUGCCGGCAGUGCCAACCUGGCCGCCUACAACACCGACUAUAGUGCCUACGAUCAGCAGCAGUACGAUGCCAGUGCAUACGAUCCUAGCGCAUAUGCACAGCAGCCAUACGAUGCCCAGCAGUAUGGCUACGAUGCCAACGCGGCCUAUGACUACAGCGGGGCCGAUUAUGCCCAGACUGGAUAUCAAUAUGAUGCGACCCCAGAAGCAACCUCAGCCCCUGCCGACCCAACACAGCCGCAGACUCAGCAGCAGGGACAGUAUCAGUCAACAGAGAGAGGCGGGUCGGAUUACAGGAGAUCCUCGCCGCCGACGACGUUGCCGGCAAAUGCCACAUCCCCAACGUCAGCUGCAGCACCAGCAACAGCUGCGACAACAGCAGUCUCCGGUGCCGGAGCGAGCCGCUCACAACCGCGCUCGAGCAGCGGAGCUGUGGGGCCAACAGCUGCAUCUGGAGCACUCGGCGGCAGCAGAUCCACUCUGCCACAACAGUCUGCCCCGGCAGCCGCCGCCAAGAAGUAGCUGGAGUCCAGAGUCGACCGAUCUCACGCCAAUUGAUCCGCUGCAGUUAGAGUUCAGUAUAAGCAGUCCUAGUCUUAUGCGCUCCA